AUGAAGGCUAUUGUCACCACCACUACCAGGAUGAAGGCUAUUGUCACCACCACUACCAGGAUGAAGGCUAUUGUCACCACCACUACCAGGAUGAAGGCUAUUGUCACCACCACUACCAGGAUGAAGGCUAUUGUCACCACCACUACCAGGAUGAAGGCUAUUGUCACCACCACUUCCAAGAUGAAGGCUAUUGUCACCACCACUUCCAGGUUGAAGGCUAUUGUCACCACCACUACCAGGAUGAAGGCUGUUGUCACCACCACUACCAGGAUGAAGGUUAUUGUCACCACCACUACCAGGAGGAAAAUAAAUGUCACUACCACCACCAAAAUGAAGUUCAUACUCACUACAUCUACCAGAAUGAUGGUUAUGGGAUCCGGACAAAAGCCCCCAGGACAAAAUAAAACCGGAAAAAAGAACCCUGGACAAAACCUAUCAGUUAAAGUGCGAAGAGAAAAUGGCACAGAAAGACUGGCAAUAGGAAAAUAUGGCAUCGGGAAAAAGGCAUAA